CGUAAUUAUUUCGUCAGGCAGCUGGCAGAUGGCAAUAUGGCUGUAGCUUUCGAGUUUCGCUGGCAGUGCGCGGUGCUCGCAUCAUUUCCAGUACAGAAGUAGUAUUUCUGACGGCUCUAAAGUUUCGUUUUUAAUUUUUUUAGUGGUUAUUGUCUCUGUUUACCUUAAAUUAACUAAAGUUUUGUGGCAAAAUUACUGUUCUUUAAUUUCCGUCGUCACCAGAAUUUAUUCGACGACAAAAUGGCGUCGCUUGACAAGAUUUUACUGCAAAAUAUUUUUUCGCAUUUUAUUCGCUUAUCAUAAAAAUAUGCUGAAAAAUUUAUUAUCGUGUGUUUUCUUAACAUUUUUCUUAAUGAAUUAUACAGUUUUUCUCUGCUUCAGUCGUUAAUUAUAUAAGAAACCGUGUAUUCCUUGAAAUAACUCCAAAAUGCACUUGAAGGGAUUCAUGAACGAAUCUGGAAGUGAUUCGAAUAGCGAUAAAGGUGAGAAGAGUGAUUCCAGCGGCUCAGGUUCAGGUAGUGAAAGUGAAAGUGGAUCUAGUUCAUCAGGGUCUGGGUCUGAAAGGUCUGGAUCUGAGAAAUCUUUUAACAGAUCUCAUCACAGUGAUGACACAAAAUCAUCACCAAAGCACAGUCAUGCAAACUCAUCAAAAUCUGAUCAUCAUACAGACAAGAAUUCUUCAGAUGAUGAUUCUCCUACUAAAUCUAGAUCACGAAAUAGCAAAUUAAAGUCAGACUUAUGGGAAGACAAUCCUGACAUUUAUGGAAUUAGGAGAUCAGCCAGAUCAAGAAAGGAACCAGAUAGACUUAAAUUAGCAGAUAGUGAUUCAAGUGAAAGAGGCAGGACUCACAGUAGAAAAAGUAGAAAAAAAAGUGAUUCAUGGAAUUCAGACUCUUCUGAUAGUGAUAGUGACUUAAAAGGUUCACCGCCCCCACCCUCCAAACGACCAGGCCAAAGAAGUGUACCUCUCAGGAAAAGGAAACCAACUCGAAGAAGAUUUACCAGCGAUGAGGAUGAGAGUUCAGAAGGCACUGAUGAUGAAACCAAAAGGACAGCAACGCGACGUACGGGCGCCGCAGUUAGUUACAAAGAAGCGAGUGAUGAACAAACCGACUCCUCUGAUCUUUUGGAAGUGGAAGGCGUGGAUGGUGAAGCUGAGGCGGAACCUGAACCGGAAGACCAUAGUGAGACUAUUGAAAGGGUCUUAGGCGUCCGCCGAGGGAAAAAAGGAGUCACUGGGAAUGUGACUACACUUUACUACAUAGAGGAACACGGAGAUCCUAAUGCCGAUUGUAACCCUGAUGAUGCUGACUCAACUGAACCUCAGUACCUGAUCAAAUGGAAAGGCUGGUCACACAUUCACAAUACAUGGGAGUCCGAAAGGUCACUCAAUGAACAAAAGGUUAAAGGUCUUAAGAAAUUAGAAAAUUAUAUAAAGAAAGAAGCUGAAUUAUCAUGGUGGAGGCAGCAGGCGGGUCCUGAGGAUAUAGAUUAUUUUGAAUGUCAAAAUGAGUUGCAGCAAGAAUUGGUGAAGACUUACAAUAAUGUAGAGAGGAUAAUAGCGGAACAGACGCGGGAACUAGAAGGCGGCGGUACAGCACACGAGUACUUUUGCAAAUGGGAGUCACUUCCAUAUGCAGAUGCCACUUGGGAAGAUGCGAUUUUAAUAGAAAAGAGAUGGCCACAAGAAGUAGAACAUUUCAAAUAUAGAGAAGCAGCCAAAACGACGCCGUCUCGGCAUUGUCCUGUUUUGAGGAGAAGGCCUAAGUUCCACCAUGUCAAGGAACAGCCUGAAUACAUGGGAAAAGAUGCGAGUUUUGUGUUGAGAGACUAUCAAAUGGAUGGAUUAAACUGGUUAAUACAUUCCUGGUGUAAAGACAACUCUGUUAUUCUUGCCGACGAAAUGGGUUUAGGUAAAACUAUACAGACCAUUUGUUUUCUAUACUACCUCUUCAAAUCACAACAACUUUAUGGACCAUUCCUAUGUGUUGUGCCUUUAAGUACAAUGACGGCGUGGCAGCGAGAGUUUGAGCAGUGGGCGCCUGAUAUUAAUGUUGUUACUUAUAUUGGUGAUCUCAGUAGUAGAGAAAUCCUCAGACAAUUUGAAUGGAGUUUCGCUAGCUCAAAAAGACUGAAGUUCAAUGCCAUCUUAACUACAUAUGAGAUUUUACUCAAAGAUAGACAAUUCCUAAGGUCCUUUAGUUGGGCGUGCUUAUUAGUAGAUGAGGCACACAGGUUAAAAAACGAUGAUUCUCUAUUGUAUAAAGCACUUAAGGAAUUUGAUACAAAUCAUAGGUUACUGGUUACGGGUACUCCACUACAGAAUUCCUUGAAGGAAUUAUGGGCCUUAUUGCAUUUUAUAAUGCCUUAUAAGUUUGAGUCUUGGGAAGAAUUUGAGAAAGACCAUGAAGAUGCUGCCACUAAAGGCUACGAAAAGUUACACAAGCAAUUAGAACCAUUUAUUUUAAGAAGGCAGAAGAAGGAUGUCGAAAAGUCAUUGCCUGCCAAAGUAGAACAAAUCUUAAGAGUAGAAAUGACUUCGAUUCAAAAGCAAUACUAUAAAUGGAUUCUCACCAAAAAUUAUAGUGCCCUUAGAAAAGGAGUGAAAGGGUCUAUAAAUACAUUCAUUAAUAUAGUUAUUGAAUUAAAGAAAUGCUGUAAUCAUGCCUUAUUGACGAAGCCCGAAGAUUUUGAAUCUAGAGCAUCACUUGCAACAACUGAUGCUGUAGAGAAAUUAUUGAGGGGUUCGGGAAAAUUACUCCUAUUAGAUAAGCUGUUAUGUAGGUUAAAAGAAACAGGUCAUAGAGUGCUAAUAUUUUCACAAAUGGUCAGAAUGUUGGACAUUUUGGCUGAAUAUUUACAAAGAAGGCAUUUUCCUUUCCAACGUCUUGAUGGCAGUAUAAAGGGUGAAAUUAGGAAACAAGCCUUAGAUCACUUCAAUGCUGAGGGUUCGACGGAUUUCUGUUUCUUAUUGUCAACACGCGCUGGAGGUCUUGGUAUCAACUUGGCCACUGCCGACACCGUCAUUAUUUUCGAUUCAGAUUGGAAUCCUCAAAACGAUUUGCAAGCUCAAGCACGAGCGCAUCGUAUUGGACAAAAGAACCAGGUCAACAUUUAUAGAUUAGUUACUGCUAGGUCGGUAGAAGAAGAUAUUGUGGAAAGAGCUAAAAGAAAAAUGGUGCUUGAUCAUCUCGUUAUCCAGAGAAUGGACACGACUGGCCGAACUGUUCUCAACAAGCGUGAUGCGUCUGCGACAAGUGCCAAUAACCCAUUCAACAAAGAAGACUUAAAUGCAAUAUUAAAAUUUGGUGCUGAAGAGUUAUUUAAGGAUGAUGAUGAGAAUGAUGAGGAUCCUGUCUGUGAUAUUGAUGAAAUCCUGCAACGAGCUGAGACCCGCGACGAAGGUCCUUCUAUGGCGGGAGACGAGUUGCUGUCAGCUUUCAAAGUUGCUAGUUUCGCAUUUGACGAAGACAAAGCUGUAAUGGAAGUCAAGAAAGAAAACGCUGAAGAAGAAAGUAAAGAUUGGGAUGAUAUUAUUCCUGAAAAUGUUCGCAAGACGAUAGCUGAACAGGAGAAAAAUAAAGAAAUGGAGGAUUUAUACCUUCCUCCUAGGAGAAAGAAUUUGCAAGCUAAUAAUGCUGAUGGCAGUGAAGGUCGUAAGCGUCGCGGUCGUGGGUCGGCGGAGGGCGGCGACGGCGCCGAGCUGGACGGAGACGCCGAGAGCGACGGCACGGAUGGAGGCUCCGACGACGACCGGCCAAGGAAGCGAGGCCGACCACCUGCCUCGCAUAGAGAGAAAAUCAAAGGCUUUACUGAUCAAGAGAUUCGAAGAUUUGUCAAGAGUUUCAAAAAGUUUUCGGCACCCCUAAAGCAUCUCGAUAGUAUAGCGUGCGAUGCAGAAUUACAAGAAAAACCUUUAGCAGAACUCAAGAAGUUGGGGGAAAUUUUGCAAGAGAGAUGUAAAGCUGUGCUAAAUGAUACAUCAGAAGUAGCAAAUGAACAAACUGAAGGCCGCAAGAAUGCUAGGAAAACCUUCAAGCUUGGCGGUGUACCAGUCAAUGCCAAGACGAUGGCGGCGUGUCAGGACGAACUGGCGCCGCUCGACGUUUUCCUGCCCGACACGAAAGAAGAGAGACUUAAGUGGCAAUUGGAUUUCAGGACGAGGCCGGCAAACUUCGAUGUUGAGUGGGGUGUAGCAGAUGAUUCUAAAUUACUAGCAGGAAUAUAUCAAUAUGGUAUGGGAUCCUGGGAAGCUAUUAAAAUGGAUUCAUCCUUUGAAAUUGGAGAUAAAAUACUCACCAAUGAAGAUAAGAAACCUCAAGCAAAACAUUUGCAAUCGCGCGCAGAGUAUUUACUGAAACUCAUAAAGAAAUUGCAAGAUCAAAAGAAUGGCAAGCAAAAACAAAGAAAACCUCGGACUAAGAGAGGACAGAAAGAGCCUGUUACCAAGGAUAUUGUAGAAGAUGACGGUAGUUCUGGAGAUGAGAAUAAGAAAUCAAAUAAGACUGGUAAAAAUGAUAAAUCUGAUAAGAAUAAGUCGAAAUUAGAAGAUGUGUCCACUCACGAUGAGACAUCGAAUGACAGGAAAGAGCGAGAUAAAAAGCGCGCAAAGAGAGAUGGCAAUAGGAAAUCUGACAAAAUGAAGUCGCGCAACAAGAAGCCCGCGGGCCCCAUGCAUUUCACUGCCAACAAUGAACCGAGGGCACUGGAGGUACUCGGCGACCUCGACCCUUCAGUCUUUGAAGAGUGUAAAGAAAAAAUGAGGCCUGUGAAGAAAGCAUUGAGAGCACUAGAUAAUCCUGACCAAACAUUAUCUGAAGCUGAUCAAGUAGCUAGGACGCGAGCCUGCCUCACGCAGAUCGGGAACCAAAUAGACAUAUGUGUAGACGCAUAUCCUGAUCCCGAAAAGAAAGUUGAGUGGAGAAGUAAUCUCUGGUACUUUGUUUCCAAGUUUACAAACUUUGAUGCAAAGCAGCUUUAUAGGUUAUACAAAUAUGGACUGAAGAAAAAUGAAUCGUCUAGUAAGAAAGAUGGAAAACAUAAAGAAAAUGUUAAGAAUAACAAAAAUAAUCACAAUAGCAAUCAUGUGAAAUCAUAUAAAAAAGAUGGAAAAGCUGAUAAUGCUAAUGACAAAAAGGAGAAGAGGCCUAAAACAGACCGAGAUAAAUUUGAUAAGGCCAACGACAAGCAUCCACAGACAUCGGGAAUAAAGAGAAAGUUAGAAGAAGGCGAAUGUGACCCAGAGCCGAGUGAAAAUAAACGUCAUGAAAGACAUAAACACAAGCACAAGGAUCGCAAGGAUAGGGAUAGGAGCCUGAAGCGGGACGAUUUGAUGUACAGAGAGCGGAGCCGGUCGGAGCGGGAGCGGGACCGAGACCGCGAGCGGGACCGCGACCGGGAGCGCGACCGCGAGCGGGACCGCGACCGCGACCGCGAGCGCUCCCGCACGCGCCGCGACAGCGGCGGCCUCGCGCCGCGCUCGCGCCCUCCCUACGCCAUGCCGCACCCGCACCCCGACCAUCCCGCGCACCCCGCCUGGACGCCGCCCGCCUACCCCGGCCCGCGCCAGUACCGCGCCGACCGCACGCCGCGCCCACACGACAAGAGGAGCAGGUACAGCGGCUUCGGCGGCAUGCCGGGCCCGUACGGCGCGUACUACGACAGCGCCAGCAUGGCGGGCAGCAUGGGCUUCCCGCCCGCGCGGCCCUACCCCGACGACUGGCGCGGCUACACGCAGCCCGAGUACGCGUACGACGAACGCGACUACGAACGGGAGGUGUACCGAAGGGACUACGACCGACGCGCACCUCCCACGUAAUGCCGUAGUUACGCACUUCCGUCGCCUUGUAAAUAAAAUUGUAUUUUAUAUUCUGUAAAUAGAUAGCAUGUAGAGAUCUCCUCAGAACGCUGGUUUAACCGUGAAGUGUAAACAUAAGUGACAAAAAGUGCUGUGGUUUUUAUCUAUGUGAUAAGCGAAAGCGCAUCGAUAUGAAGAGACGUUAUUAGUGACAUUUUAUAAGUAAGACUGUAUAGUAAAUUUAUUUAUUGCCGAAUCUGUCGAUUGAUUGUUAAUGUACAGAAUUUAGAAAGAAAACCUAAUUAAUUAAUUUUUAUAUUGUUCCAAUUUAGUCGCGGUCUUAAUGUUUUUUAAUGUCUAAUCGAAUUUUCUAUUUAUUUGAUGCCUCAUAUCAUGAUUUAUGUAUUUAACUUGACAGAAACAAGUGAUAUAAAUAGGUCGUAGCAAAUGUACAAAAUUUAGCUAUUGUUAGUAGGUUUGCAUGUAAUUUAAAAUCAUGUGCAAUUUCAUGAAAUUGUGUAUAGCUUAGCAGAAGGGGCACAUAACUUUGUCAUUGCAUUUUAGCAGUGGACAGGAAGGAGUUUUAAUUUGUAAAUUCAUUUCUCAUUUUGCGUGCAUUUCCGAGUCCCGUUAUGGCUCGUACAAUCCUAUUUUUAUACAUUAUGUAAAGUCUUAUUCUCUGUUACAUGCAAUUGUGAAUGUAAUAAGAGUGAAAACGUCUUGAAUGGUAUAUACCAUGAUAAUAAAUAAACAUAUUAAAGUUGAAA